AUGAACAUGGUAAAUCACCGCGGUAUAGCGAAACUUCGAGGAUUGGAGUUCCUCAUCCGCCCGAUCCCAAUCAUGCGUGAGCAGAUCCCAAAGCUGGGCAAGUAUACAGACUCGGUCGCGAAGCUGGAGGACGAUGCCUGGAGCCUGGGUGAGGACGCUUAUGUGGCGGCGCUGGAUGUGUUCCACAACUUACACUGCUUGAACACGUAUGUAAAGAUCUCAUACGCACCGAAGGGAGACAGGGCUCCGUCUGGCCAUCGCGGUGGCCAAGGAGGUUGA